UGUCCGUGUGUGCCUGUAAGACGAUCGACGCCGUCUAACUGAAGUUUCGAGUUCAGGUGCCCUUUGAUCGCUCAUCGAACUUGCUUGAAAUCGUUACAGGUGCACGAGUACAACCAGCAAAAAUGGAAAACCCAGUCAUUACUUUCAUCCUCCUUCUGUGGACUCUUGCGAAGAUUUGCUUCUACAACUUCCUCGGUUUUAUCGACAACAUCAUCCCGGGUGAGUGGAAGCCAAAGAAGGAUGUCAGCAAGGACAUCGUGCUGAUAACCGGUGGAGGAUCCGGCAUCGGGCGAUUGAUGAGCCUGUCGUUCGCUGAGCUUGGUGCAACGGUCAUCAUAUGGGACAUCAACAAUGAAACCGCACAAGGAGUGGUCAAAGAAAUUAGAGGGGCAGGAGGUAAGGCAUACAGCUAUGUAGUGGACUGUUGUGACAACGAGGCUGUCUACAAGACUGCCGACAAAGUGAGGGAAGAUAUUGGUCAUGUGACUAUCCUUAUCAAUAACGCAGGCAUUGUUUCCGGGAAGAAGCUUUUGCAGUGUCCGGAUCGUCUCAUCAAGAAGACUAUGGAUGUCAACGUCAAUGCUCAUUUCUGGACACUGAAAGCUUUCUUGCCUAACAUGUUGGAGAAGAACCAAGGUCACAUAGUAACCAUUGCUUCUCUUGCCGGCCAUCUUGGAGUGAGUGGCCUUGUGGAUUACUGCGCCAGUAAGUUUGCGGCUGUCGGAUUGGAUGACGCCCUCUAUCACGAGCUACAGUACACGGGGAAGUCGGGUGUAAAGUGCACAGUGGUGUGCCCCUUCUACAUCAAGACAGGCAUGUUUGAUGGUGUCAAAGCAAAACGAGCCAUCAUGGUAGACAUAUUGGAACCCGAAUACGCUGUGGAAAGGAUUAUGCUUGCGAUCAGAACAAACCAACGUGUUCUCAUUUUGCCAAGGAGUCUUUACUUCUUUCCUGGUCUCAAAAACCUGUGGCAUCCCUUAGCAGUUCAAACUGCCUAUGAUUUCAACGGCAUCCAAGAAAUGAUGAACACAUUUACUGGACGUAUCAAGACGGAUUGAUUCCAAUUCCUCUCAUUCUUUUACCUUCUGUAUGAAUCAUAACUAUCUGAUCCAAAUCACUAGAAUGAAAUUGAUUGUAACGUUAAUAUUGAGGCAUUAAAAACAACUUAUAGAAAA